UUCUAUAGUAUUUCUCUUCCGGACUGGAAACAAGGAUUAUGUUGUUGGUUCCGCUCUGGAACUAAACAGUUGCGAGUGAAACUUAUUAAAAGAGAAAGAAGCUACAAGAUUAAUAGACAUGAUAUCGGUCGGCUAUUUUCCAUAAGCUGUGAGUGAAGAGGUGCUGUCCAAAAAACAUGGAAGGAGAACAGAAAGCAGACUGUCAGCAGCCAGAUGGCAAUGCAGAAACCUCUGUUAAACCCACAGGAGAAGAUGUCACGGAACAAAACCCAUCGACUUCACAAACGUUAGGAAGCGAAAGAGAGGAAGUUGUAAAUGACAUUAAAGUUGGAAUGAAUGAAGGGUCUGCAGCCACCGACGGCACAAACAGUAAUAAAGAGGAAGAGUCAAAACCAGCAGAAGGUUCACUGAAAACAGACGUCCACAAUAAUGAUGAAGCCGAUGACAAACAAGGCGAUUUCAGAGGAGAGGCACCAGAGACUGAGAAGCCAGAGGAUAAAAUGCCUGACAAAUAUCCCAGUAAAAUAACAGCCACACCUGCAGACGGGGAGAGUCCAAAGACCUUAGAUAAUGAGGAGACACCAGGAGAUGAAGAUUUAGCUAAAGGUGAUAGCUUACUGACUAUGGACAAGAACUCCUGUCAACAAGCUAUUGAGGAAAGGCAGGACAAUUCCACAGGAGACUCAUUAAAGCAGGAGGUUUCUACUGUCUGCUCAGGUUUAAAGUCUCAGGAGGACCCUUCAAAAGAAGAAAAAGAAGAAGAGAACGAGCUGAUAAAAAAGGAUGUAAAAACCAUUUGUUCUGCAGCAACACAGGCUGAUCCUGCACAAGACACUGGAGCCCUUGGAGAUGUAGAUUUAGCUAAAGGUGAUAGCUUACUGACUAUGGACAAGAACUCCUGUCAAUCAGUUAUUGAUGAAAGUCAGGACAAUUCCACAGGAGACUUAUUAAAGGAGGAGGAAUCAACUGAUGGUAGAAGAACCUCACACAUGUCUCAGGAGGAACCAGGACGAAAUGCAGAUAUAGAAACCAUUGGUCCCAUUACACAGGCUGAACCUUCAGCUGACACUGGAACCAUUGGAGGAGGUUUGAAAUUAUUGAUGUCGGUGGCUCUAGUUUCUCUUGUUGCCAUCUUGGUACAGCAUCUCCUCCAACCUAAACCCACAAUUCAGAAGAAGGAUUUGCCAAAAGUGGACAUCUUCCUUAAGCAGAUGGAGAAAGUAAAGACGAGGUUUCCUAAUCAGCGAGCCGAGCUGUGGAGCAGGAGUGUGAUCCACCUGAAGAGGCACCUCCAGACCAGCCAGCCCACAGAGCCGGUUAGCCUGAUCCUGACGUCAGGUUUUAGAGCUGAGAACACCAUGCGCUGCCUGGCUCAGGACGUGGCCUCUGCCUUUUCCGCCGCCCUCAACGCCUCCGUCCUCCACAUUGACGGGGCCAGUACAGCCAGCCAAGACAGCGACCAGGUCAAACUGGACAUUGACAGGAAGCUGCAGGGAGCUUUUGAAGGAGACAAACCUGUAGCCGUGAUCCACCGCCUGGAGGAGCUGCCUCCGGGCUCCACGCUCAUUUUCUACCGCUACUGUGAUCACGAGACUGCUGCCUACAAGAACACCCUUCUGAUCUUUACAGUGCUGCUGGGCGAGGAAGAAGAGAUCCCAGCUGAGAUGCGUUUGAGCAUCGUGGAGGAGAUGGUGGACGACUACCUGAAAAAGAGGUUUCUUUCUCAUGGCCAGCCAGUGUCUUUCGACAGGAUGGAUCUCAACAAAUAUGGUGGACUGUGGAGCCGCAUCUCUCACCUCAUCCUUCCGGUGGUGGUAGAGGAAAGAAUAGAGCAUAAAGGAUGCUAAAGCCUCAGUCAGUGCAGACAUCUGAGAAAUAUACCCUGCUGCUCUUAACAUUGGUUUUAAAGAUCCAAAUGUUUCUUAAAACGAUUUUAUUGACCCCCAGUCAAACGUCAAGAGUCGUUAGGAGGUUGGACA